AUGUCAGACUUAGUCUCAAGCCUUGACGACGAAUUCAAAGUCCUGGACCCUGAAGAAGAAUGCUUCCUUCUCUUCUUAAACAAGCCGGAUAGUAGGGACUUAGGCUUCGUCAACCGUACCGAGUCCACCGUCUCGGUAUCGAUCAACUCCCAGGAUCUCACGAUCCACCAGUCCCCGUCAUUACUUACCUCAACCAGGGAGGCGGGCACAACAGGGGCUGUUCUCUGGAAGGUAACCCCUCUACUCGCCAGUUGGCUCACUCACCCAUGUAACACCGUUUUCCAACGGAUCUUGAAGCCGGAUUACACGGUAAUCGAACUGGGGGCUGGAACAUCAGGUGUUCUCGCAGUAUCCUGUGCGCCGUUUGUAGGAGCAUACUAUGCAACGGACCAAGAUUACUGCCUCAAACUCCUGCGCAAAAACAUAUUAGAGAAUACUAAAGACGUCGCCGAAAAGUCCUCAAAAUCGAAGGGGAAAUCAUCGAAUAAGCGAGCUAAAAGAGGUCCGGAAGCAUCGUCUCAAACAACCACCACAGGGAAUGCGACUGUCCUGCCCCUUGAUUGGCAACUAACAGAAGCAUCUUCGAUCCCGGAAUUCAAAGAGAGACAAAUCGACAUAAUCAUUGCGGCUGACUGCAUAUACAAUGAAUCUCUGGUCGAACCGCUGGUAGACACCAUGGCGGACCUGAGCAAAUUGAACAGAAGUAAAAAUACAUCUGGCGAAACCGAUCACGAUGUAACAUUGGUUAUGGUUGCACAAGAACUAAGAUCCCCUGAUGUUUUGGAAGCAUUCAUGAAAACCUUCUGUGCAAAGUUCCAAGUGUGGCGCCUUCCAGACAAACUCUUCAAGGACUGUGGCGAUGGAGGAAAAGGUCUCAUGGAGGGUGGUGGAUAUGUUGUGCAUGUUGGUAUCCUGAAGCAAUAUUGA